AUGGCAGCCACCCCUUCGUUGGCGGGUGCCCCUGAGAAGGUGGCGCUGCCUGCAGCAGCAACAACAGAAGCAGCAGCAGCAGCAGCAGCAGGGAGAGCAACUCCAGCAGCAGCAGCGCACCACUGCGGGUCACUUACACCGGACUGCAGCAGCGGCAGGAGCAGCAGCAGCAGCAGCGACUGCCACCUUCUCCGCCGCAGCAGCAAAUCUGCCGGCGGCUCUGUGGGAGUUUUGCGGCACAGCAAUUCCGCCUUUGUCAGGCCCCAGAGUGAAGCCACCCCAACUGUACAGCUGGUGGCACACAGUGCCGCAGUGCUCUUUACAGAUGUGCUGGAUAGCCGCAGGCAGCAGCAGCAGCAGCAGCAGCAGCAGCAAGGGGGGCCUGCAGCAGCAGCUAACGAAGUUAGGCACCGCGGCAGCAUAUGA